UCUGAGCUCAAAGAACAGAAUGAUUUUGAAGACAAUUGUAUUGUUGGUGGUGCUAGGAAUUAAUACUUUCCCCCUCAAGGAUGCGGAGGAUGGAGGCAAGCACUGGAUUGUUAUUGUGGCAGGCUCAUCUGGGUGGGAUAACUACAGGCACCAGGCUGACGCCUGCCAUGCGUACCAGAUCGUUCACCGAAAUGGGAUUCCUGAUGAGCAGAUAAUCAUCAUGAUGUAUGACGACAUUGCAGACAAUAAAGAAAAUCCUACAAAAGGUAUUAUUAUCAAUAGGCCAAAUGGUACUGAUGUGUAUAAAGGGGUCCCAAAAGACUAUACACAAGACGAUGUCACUCCAGAAAACUUCCUUGCUGUGUUAAGAGGCGAUGCUGAGGCUGUGAAGAAUAAAGGAUCAGGGAAAGUUUUAGAUAGUGGUCCUGAGGAUCAUGUGUUUGUUUACUUCACUGAUCAUGGAGCUCCUGGACUCUUGGCUUUCCCUAAUGAUGAUCUUCAUGUAAAGGAUUUGAAUAAGACUAUCCGUUAUAUGCACCAACAUAAAAAAUACAAAAAGAUGGUGUUCUAUAUUGAAGCAUGUGAAUCUGGCUCAAUGAUGAACCACCUGCCUGAUAAUAUCAAUGUUUAUGCGACUACUGCUGCCAAUCCUGCCGAGUCUUCCUAUGCCUGUUACUUUGAUGAAGAGAGAGGCACUUACCUGGGAGAUUGGUACAGUGUCAACUGGAUGGAAGAUUCAGAUGCGGAAGAUUUGACUAAAGAGACUCUGCAUAAGCAAUUUCAAUUAGUGAAAAAGCAUACCAAUACUAGCCAUGUCAUGCAGUAUGGAAAUAAGACAAUCUCCCACAUGAAAGUGAUGCAGUUUCAGGGAAUGAAACACCAAUCCAGUUCUCCCAUCUCUCUGCCACCUGUGAAACACUUUGACCUCACUCCAAGCCCUGAUGUCCCCAUUGAAAUCCUGAAAAGGAAAUUAAUGGCCACUAAUGAUGCAAAUGAAUCUAAGAAAAUUGUUGACAAGUUGCAGGCACAUCUACAGGCUAGAACCCUUAUUCAGAAGGCUGUGCAGCAAAUUGUAUCAGUAGUGACUGCAUCCAGUAUUCAGACUGAGAAAAUGCUGUCUGAGAGAUGGACACUCACAGCCCAUGAUUGCUACGAGGCAGCUGUGACUCAUUUCAAGACCCACUGUUUUAACUGGCACUCGCCCAUGUAUGAAUAUGCUCUCCGACAGCUAUAUGUAUUUGUCAAUCUUUGUGAAGGAACUCAUCCACUUGACAGAAUUAAGCUGGCCAUGGACAAAGUGUGCUUGGGCUACUACUAAACUCUGCCUUCCCAGUGAUUUCCAAGAACAAAUGUGAAAUUGAUACUGACGGAAGACUGCGACUACAGUUUUUUGUAGCAGGAAAGAGGCUGACAUGUUUGUGCUCUUGUGAAUGCUGCUAACCCAUUCAGAAGGUCUGCACGUGGGGCAUUUCUCCAGGAAGCUUCCCAAAGCUUCUGUUGCUCCCCUUCUCCCUCUUUUCCCUCACUCUUUCGAAUAUGAGUUAUUGCUGGGAAUGAUAUCUAUUUGGAUGGCCAAAGCAUUGCAUUGGUUGAAAUAUUUCUGAUCUUUACAUGUAAAAUUCUCCAGUUUUGAAACCAGUAGUUUAACAAAGAGAAGCUCAGUUGGUUCCCUUCAUUGUAACUUUAGUGUGCUUGACCUGUGCGGUGGCACUGUAUUGCUGAAGUUCAGUGAACUGUAAGCUGUCUUGUACUUAGGGAAGUUACAAACAUGGGCCAGAAAGUUGUUUUUCAGAAAACUUACAUCGUGAUCAUGUUUCUCCAAGAUUAAUAUGUAUGUGAAUAGAGUAUGUAUAUGAUGAGUUUGGUACCUAAAAAUAAAGAUUUACCAUUUGUUUCUU